AUGAGCACUAUUAACAUUGGGGCCUUCUCCUUCCCUCUUGAGCUGCCAGUCGGCGGGAAGGAAGGGUGGGAACAAGUUCGCAGGACCCUGGAGCAGUUGGAUUUGAGAUAUCAACGCUUCUGCGAUUCCUGCAGCCCGGACGACACGCAGAUGUUGGAUGACGGUGUUGAUGCGGCGGGAGACGGUGGCUACACGGUGGGCGCGGGGAUCACGAACGAGGAACUCGCUCAGUUAGUCAUGGGCACACACGCCGCGUCCGACGAGUAUCACAGGACGUCAGUAAUGCAUAUGGCCGAAGCGAGCUGGGUCAAGAACGCCGCGCCUGUUCGUGUCAGGCAUGAGCCCGAAGACGCACUCUUCUCUGCGCUUGACGGUGUCGGCGUCGGUGGCAGAGUUUGGGGUCCGUCGCUCUCCGAGUCGACGAGCCACCCUUGGUCCUUCCCGGACCAGUUCGGGCUCGCCGAUGCCUUCAAUCCCAAUCUUGUCCAUCAUGCUCCCGCGCCUGCCCCGGCUGCGAAGCCUGUGGCAGUCGAACCACGCAGCGCGAUCACUUGGCCACUCUUCAGCACGCUUGGCGCGCAACCCGGCGUAUCUGACGCCAACAUGCACUGGUCCCCGCUGCACCCUGUGGGCCCGGUUGGGACCCCGUUCGCGCAGAGCGCGGGCUCAUCUUCAUCUUCGGCGUCCCCAUUCUCUCUCCAUCAGCAGCCCACCAACGACAUUUUCAGCGGGGGAGCCUCUCCGGAGACCCCUGAACGAGAUACCUUUACACACCACCCGGCAUUCAUCAGCGGAGAGACCGCGACGAACACGCAGACGCAGAGUGCACGGCCAUCGGCGCAGGAGGCAGCGAGUCUCGGCGUCCCUCCAUCUGAGUCACGCGAGCAACGCACCAAACGCAGGACCCGUGUUAGUCUCCAGAUGCAGACCAUGCACGGAAGACAGUCGACCCGUGUCGCCCGAGCCGCUCGUAAACUCAUCGCGCGUGGGCCCCGCAUCGAAACGCUCAUCAAGAAGGGCGGACUAUUGCCAGGCCAGCACGACGACUGGCUCGGCAUUGUUCGUAACAACGUUGGCGGCGUCAUACUCCGUCGCCACACCGCAUUGGAGGAGCUGUUGCCGCGCGAUGUUCAGGACAAAUACGAGCGUCUCCGCGACACUGUUUACCAGCAUGCGCGCUUCUGGGUAGGCGGUAUGCCCGACCCUAUGAGCGAAUACUUCUCCCCGAGCGGGAAGGAGGGAUAUUACAGAUGCCCGAUCUGCUUGGGAGAUAUCAAAGGUUUCAGCCCGUUCUUGCGCCAUGUCGAGAGCCAGACUCACCUCGGCAUCAUCUACCUCUGCAACCACGAGCCGGGCGCGACGAACGGGGAGUCGUGUCGGUUUUCGGAUUUCCGCCCGUACGGCUUGAAUAAACACUUGGAGGAGGUUCACGGAGUGGUAGACUCCCGCAAAUGGGACAGGAGGCCGGCCGCUGAGAGGAAAGGUUGGAAGUAA